AUGUCAGCUUCAGUCCCUUGGCGCCAGUCACCUGGCGCGCCCAUCGCGAACGCGAACACUGCGCCCGCCUUCACUGCAGUCCACGCCCGUCGUACAUUUGCCCGACCCGAACUCACCACACCCACUCCUUCCCCGCAACCGCAGCCCACUACAAAGAAAGUCCAGUGGCCACAAUCCGUCCGCGACUAUGUACAACGGUGUUUCGCGUCAGAUGCCGCCAUCCCUGGCAUCGAGCGCAGAGACGUAGAACAAAAGCUCAAGAAGAUCAUCACCGAGGCGACCGAAGAUGACAUGCUCUACUCCAUCAGCUGGGAAACGCACCCUCUGCCGCAGCAGAUCAUUCAAGCCGAACGGGCAGAAAGCGCAGGAUUGAACAAGGCCCCUUGGCGCAAGACCUCGACGCCUGAAAAGAACAUGAUGAGCGACGGGAACAGGAAGCGGAAGUCUCCGGAUUCCUCAAUGACUGAUGCUGACGGUGACUCUCUGCCACCAUGGCGCAAAGCUAACAAACGUAAAAUCGAGGAAGCCACGACUCCGGUCCGCAGCCUCGCCGAGAGGAUGGACAAACGCCACCACAUCAGCCCCCAGGUGCCCGAGGACGGAUCAAGUAAGUACCAGAUGGACCUCGAGAGGAGGAGGCAACGGUUCGAAAACGGCAAGUCAGGGCCCAAAUCGCCCUGGAACUCCUCCCGUGACGACUCGCCGGCUGAUGCCAAUGACGGACCCGUCGUUGGCACUUGCCAAGAUCUCGAAAAGAGAUACCUUCGACUCACAGCUGCUCCCAAGCCGGAAGCAGUGCGUCCGUUGUCUGUGCUGGAAAAGACCCUGGAAUUUCUAAAGAAAAAGUGGAGAAAAGAAAACAACUACUCUUACAUCUGUGAUCAGUUCAAGUCUCUUCGUCAGGACCUGACUGUUCAGCACAUCAAGACUGAGUUUACUGUGACCGUCUACGAGAUCCACGCUCGCAUCGCGCUUGAACAGGGAGAUAUGGGUGAGUAUAAUCAGUGCCAGACGCAACUGCGUGCACUGUAUGCGCAGAAGCUUGGAGGGCAUCCCGCGGAAUUCUUGGCAUACCGUAUUCUCUAUUUCAUUUAUACUCAAAACCGGACGGGCAUGAACGAGGUGUUGGCCGAUCUAACCCCCGCAGACAAGACCCAGCCAGCAGUCAAGCAUGCUCUAGACGUUCGAUCCGCCCUGGCGCUAGGCAAUUACCACAGGUUCUUCAGACUUUAUCUCGACACCCCAAACAUGGGCGCGUACCUGAUGGACAUGUUCGUCGGGCGCGAGAGACUCCUCGCCCUGGCUAACAUUUGCAAGGCAUACAAACCUUGUGUCAAGGUCCGGUUCCUCACCGAGGAACUUGGUUUCGAGUCUGAUUCAGAUUGCGUGCAAUUUCUUCUAUCCCAGCAUGACGAUCUCUCACGACAUUUGGAACAGAAGGAUGAGGGGCUUGUGCUCUUCCACGCUCCCAAGGCCUAUGUAUUCUUCGAAUCGGCAAAAACGGCAGCCUUUGGCCGCAUAGACAUCAAGGGACAGAAAUGA